AGAAGCUGGGAGUGACGCCUCUGAGCCGCGGAGGAUUGUGGGAGGAGGUUGUCUCCAAUUUCUCCUCCCCCGCUCCCCCCCGUCCCAGCCAAGAUGUCUGACAUGGAGGAUGAUUUCAUGUGCGAUGAUGAGGAGGACUACGACCUGGAAUACUCUGAAGAUAGUAACUCUGAGCCAAAUGUGGAUUUGGAAAAUCAGUACUAUAAUUCCAAAGCAUUAAAAGAAGAUGACCCAAAAGCAGCAUUAAGCAGUUUCCAAAAGGUUUUGGAACUUGAAGGUGAAAAAGGAGAAUGGGGAUUUAAAGCACUGAAACAAAUGAUUAAGAUUAACUUCAAGUUGACAAACUUUCCAGAAAUGAUGAACAGAUAUAAACAACUAUUGACCUAUAUUCGGAGUGCAGUCACAAGAAAUUAUUCUGAAAAAUCCAUUAAUUCUAUUCUUGAUUAUAUCUCCACUUCUAAGCAGAAUUCUGAUUUUUUAUGUCAGAUGGAUUUACUGCAGGAAUUCUAUGAAACAACACUGGAAGCUUUGAAAGAUGCUAAGAAUGACAGACUGUGGUUUAAGACAAAUACAAAGCUGGGGAAAUUAUAUUUAGAACGAGAGGAAUAUGGAAAGCUUCAAAAAAUUUUACGCCAGUUACAUCAGUCCUGCCAGACUGAUGAUGGAGAAGAUGACCUGAAAAAGGGCACACAGUUAUUAGAAAUAUAUGCUUUGGAAAUUCAGAUGUACACGGCACAGAAAAAUAACAAAAAACUUAAAGCACUCUAUGAACAGUCACUUCACAUCAAGUCUGCCAUCCCUCAUCCACUGAUCAUGGGAGUCAUCAGAGAAUGUGGUGGUAAAAUGCACUUGAGAGAAGGUGAAUUUGAAAAGGCACACACUGAUUUUUUUGAAGCCUUCAAGAAUUAUGAUGAAUCGGGAAGUCCAAGACGAACCACUUGCUUAAAAUAUUUGGUCUUAGCAAAUAUGCUAAUGAAAUCGGGAAUAAAUCCAUUUGACUCACAGGAGGCCAAACCUUACAAAAAUGAUCCAGAAAUUCUAGCAAUGACGAAUUUAGUAAGUGCCUAUCAGAAUAAUGACAUCACUGAAUUUGAAAAGAUUCUGAAAACAAAUCACAGCAACAUCAUGGAUGAUCCUUUCAUAAGGGAACACAUUGAAGAGCUUUUGCGAAACAUCAGAACACAAGUGCUUAUAAAAUUAAUUAAGCCUUACACAAGAAUACAUAUUCCUUUUAUUUCUAAGGAGUUAAACAUAGAUGUAGCUGAUGUGGAGAGCUUGCUGGUGCAGUGCAUAUUGGAUAACACUAUUCAUGGCCGAAUUGAUCAAGUCAACCAACUCCUUGAAUUGGAUCAUCAGAAGAGGGGUGGUGCCCGAUAUACUGCACUAGAUAAAUGGACCAACCAACUAAAUUCUCUCAACCAGGCUGUAGUCAGUAAACUGGCUUAACAGAGAACAAGCUUUUACAGACAUACUUAAGGCAACAGUGCAGAGAUGUAACCCUUAAAAAAACUGGGAAUGGCAAAACUACUGUCGGUUGAUGUGUCCCGAAAAUUAUUGGAGUUAUGGCAGAAGUGCUUUUUUUGAUCAACUGGUUUGUGUUUUGCUGCUGCAUUUAUCCCAAGAAAAACAGCUUUAAUCUCCAGAAGAAAACCAAAAUGCCGUGGGAUUUAUGCUGUAUUGACAUCUUGCCCUAAAACAUACAACAUCAUAGUAAUUUGUCAUGGGCAACAUGACCAGAGAGAAGAUUUUUGUCAUGAUUUUAAAUACACUGACACGCUACUGUUGGUUAAAUUUAAACAUGUUUUACCUGCAGAAAUUCUCUCACAAAUAACCUGCAAUAACUUGAAAUGCAUACCCUUUUGAACACUUCCUUUUCUCAUGUAUAAAUUAAAAUGUUUGCUGCAUUUUGCAAAAUGUCAGUUCUCCAAAAAUGUGUCCGUAUAUUUCUGUACCUGCAGUGUAGUAAAGGUUUAGAUGAAACCCCAUAAUUAUAGUGGCAUACUGUCACUUAGGUUUCAAGCAGCAAAAUAAACAGUGCAGCUCAGAAAUUGUA